AUGUUCGACUUGACAGGCAAAAAUGUCUGCUAUGUGGCGGACUGUGGAGGCAUUGCCUUGGAGACCUGCAAGGUGUUGAUGACAAAAAAUAUUGCAAAAUUGGCAAUACUGCAUAGUGUUGAGAACCCGCAGGCCAUUGCGCAACUGCAAUCGCUCAAGCCUAGCACGCAAAUAUUUUUCUGGACCUAUGAUGUGACCAUGGCACGUGCCGAUAUGCAGAAAUACUUUGACGAAGUGAUGGUUCAGAUGGACUAUAUCGAUGUACUCAUCUAUGGCGCCACCUUGUGCGAUGAGACGGACAUCGAUGGCACCAUCAAUACAAACUUGACGGGUAUGAUGAACACCUGUGCCACUGUGUUGCCCCAUAUGGACAAGAAAAAGGACGGCAGCGGCGGUUUGAUUUUGAAUGUAACCUCCGUCAUUGGAUUAGACCCAUCGCCAGUUUUUUGCGCCUACAGUGCUUCUAAAUUUGGUGUGAUUGGAUUUACGCGCAGCUUGGCGGAUCCCCUGUAUUAUACACAAAACGGAGUUGCUGUCAUGGCUGUGUGCUGUGGUCCCACAAAAGUAUUUGUAGAUCGCGAGCUAACCGCCUUCUUGCCUUACGGACAGUCCUUUGCCGAUCGCCUGCGCACUGCCCCCUGCCAGUCAACAGCUGUUUGUGGCCAGAACAUUGUGCGUGCCAUAGAACGCGGCGAGAAUGGACAGAUUUGGAUAGCGGACAAGGGCGGCCUGGAACUGGUCAAGCUGCAAAGCUAUUGGCAUAUGGCGGACGUAUUCCUGCACUACAUGCAGGACAAAGAGGAUGAUUAGACAAAUAAGAAGUUUCCCAAAAAACUAUAUACAUUUGACGUACAAUUUUUGUAAAAAUGCUGUAAGAAAGCAGCUGCUUAAAUAACGUAGACAUGGAAACAUA